AAGUAAUCAAGUUGUUAUUGUUUCUUUUGUAAUUUAUACAGGUUAUGUUUUUGUCUAUUUGUUUAUUAUAAUUUAUAUAAAUGCUAGUAUAGUCACAUUUAUAAAAAUUAAGGAAAAACUCAAUUAUGAAACAAAUAAUCAUCACGUUUUGUAUUACUAUUUCAAGUUGAAAUAGGUUACUCAUUACUUUUUAAACCAUGGGCGAGCUGAAUAUGAAAAAUAAAGAAUGGGAGUCUACUAAAGGUUUACGAGAGCCAAUAAAGGCAAUAGAGGACAAAUGGAAAUUAGUUCCAUCAUUUUUACAAGUAAAAGGAUUAGUGAAACAACAUAUUGACUCAUUCAAUUAUUUUAUAAACGUAGAAAUAAAAAAAAUUGUUCAAGCUAAUGAAAAAGUAUUUUGUGAUGCAGACCCACUGUUUUAUAUUAAAUACCUCAAUGCAUAUGUGGGUACACCAGAUCUUGAAGAAGGGUUUAAUGUAACUAAGCCAACCACACCCCAUGAAUGUCGGCUAAGAGAUAUGACCUAUUCAGCUCCUAUUACUGUUGAUAUAGAAUAUAUAAGAGGUAAUCAACGAGUCAUAAAAAAUAAACAAUUGAUUGGAAGGAUGCCCCUGAUGUUAAGAUCAUCAAAUUGUGUACUGACAAAUAAAUCUGAUUUUGAAUUGGCACAGCUGAAUGAAUGUCCCCAUGAUCCAGGAGGUUACUUCAUUAUUAGAGGACAAGAAAAAGUAAUUUUAAUACAAGAACAGUUAUCCAGAAACCGGAUGAUUGUCGAUGAAUUUAAGGGUGCCAUUCAGUGUCAGGUUACUAGUUCUACCCAUGAGAAGAAAACUAGAACAAACGUUAUAGUGAAAAAUGGAAAAUAUGUUCUGCGCCAUAAUGCUCUUUCUGAUGAUAUACCGAUAGCAGUGGCAUUCAAAGCAAUGGGUAUCUGCAGUGAUCAAGAGAUAAUGCAACUGAUUGGAAGCGACGAUAAUACAGUUAAGAAAAUGGCCCCUUGUAUUAUGGAUUGUCAUAAUUUAAAAAUAUUUACACAGAAUCAAGCUCUUGCCUAUAUUGGUAGUAAACUCAAAGUUAAAAGAUUUCAGACAGUCAAUUCGAAAUGCCGCACCCCAGUGGAUGAAGCUAGAGACCUUUUAGCAACAACUAUUUUGGCGCAUGUAACUGUUGAAAACUACAAUUUUUAUGUAAAGGCUAUUUAUUUAGCUAUUAUGGUGAAGAGAGUUAUAGAGGCUGAGUCAAAUAAAGCAGCCAUAGAUGAUCCUGAUUAUUAUGGAAACAAAAGACUUGAGCUUGCUGGGUCUUUACUCUCUCUUAUGUUUGAAGAUUUGUUUAAAAGGUUCAAUUGGGAAUUAAAGUCUAUUGCAGAAAAAAUCAUUCCUAAAGUAAAGGCGGCGCCAUUUGAUGUUGUAAAACAUAUGAGACCUGAUUUGAUAGCAAAUGGCUUAUUUGCAGCUAUUUCUACCGGUAACUGGACUAUCAAGCGGUUUAAAAUGGAAAGGCAUGGUGUAACUCAAGUUCUUAGUCGUCUUAGCUACAUAUCUGCAUUAGGUAUGAUGACCAGGGUCAAUUCACAAUUUGAAAAAACAAGGAAAGUCUCUGGUCCGCGUUCCUUACAGCCUUCUCAAUGGGGGAUGUUGUGCCCCUCUGACACCCCGGAAGGUGAAGGAUGUGGCCUUGUCAAAAAUUUGGCAUUAAUGACGCACAUUACAACUGAGUGCUCAGAAGACCCUAUUGCUAGAUUGGCAUGUAACGCUGGUGUUGAAGAUGUAAGGCUUCUGGGAGGUGAAGAAAUUAAUCAUCCGGCAGUCUAUAUAGUGUUCCUUAAUGGUAACAUUUUAGGAGUAUCGAGACAAUAUAAAAGACUUAUUAGGGUAUUCAGAAUGUUUAGAAGGCGUGGACUUAUAUCUGCAUUUGUAUCAAUAUAUCCAAAUCAUAAUCAAAGGACCGUCUACAUAUGCAGUGAUGGCGGUAGGCUUUGCCGACCGUACAUCAUCGUAGAAAAAGGAUGUCCAUUAGUCCAACAAAUUCAUAUAAAUGAAUUAAAUAGAGGCAUAAGAAAAUUUCAAGAUUUUUUGACUGAUGGUCUUAUUGAAUAUUUGGAUGUGAACGAAGAAAAUGACAGUCACAUUGCGACAGUUGAAGCAGAGAUUGAUCCGUACGUGACAACGCAUCUUGAAAUAGAACCUUUUACAAUUUUGGGUGUGUGUGCAGGCCUCGUGCCUUAUCCGCAUCAUAACCAAAGUCCAAGAAACACUUAUCAGUGUGCUAUGGGAAAACAAGCAAUGGGAACCAUCGGAUACAACCAGAAAAACAGAAUUGAUACGCUGAUGUAUAAUUUAGUAUACCCACAAUGUCCUAUGGUUAAAACUAAAACGAUCGAAUUAACGAACUUUGACAAACUGCCUGCCGGUCAGAAUGCUACGGUAGCCGUAAUGAGUUAUAGUGGAUACGACAUUGAAGAUGCGCUGAUUCUCAAUCAAGCAUCCAUAGACCGUGGUUAUGGCAGAUGCCUCGUGUACAAAAGUGCCAAAACGACAAUGAAAAGGUACAGCAACCAAACUUCAGACAGAAUAUGUGGUCCGUCAAGAGACGCCAGCACGGGGAAAGUGAUUAGAGCACAUGAUUUAUUAGAUGCUGAUGGCAUUGCUGCACCGGGCGAAAUGGUAGAAAACAGACAAGUUCUAAUCAAUAAGCAAAUGCCUAUAGCAACAUUAACUCCCGUUCCUCAAGGUCAACCUCAACAGGUCGAAUAUAAAGAAGUUCCAAUAACAUAUAAAGGAGCCGUGGAAUCGUAUAUAGAAAAAGUAAUGGUUUCGUCAAAUUCUGAAGAUGCAUUACUUAUUAAGAUAUUGCUACGACAAACUCGAGUUCCAGAAAUCGGAGAUAAGUUUAGUUCCCGGCAUGGUCAAAAAGGUGUUACGGGGCUUAUAGUACAACAAGAAGAUAUGCCUUUCAAUGAUAGAGGUAUUUGCCCGGACAUGAUUAUGAAUCCUCAUGGUUUUCCUUCUAGAAUGACAGUUGGUAAAACUAUAGAAUUACUUGCUGGGAAAGCAGGGUUAAUGGAAGGAAAAUUUCAUUAUGGUACUGCAUUCGGGGGAUCGAAAGUUACAGACGUGUGCAAAGAAUUGGAAAAGCAUGGAUACAACUACCACGGAAAAGAUAUUUUUUAUUCAGGCUUAACAGGAGAACUUCUAGAGGCCUAUAUAUAUUCAGGUCCAGUAUAUUAUCAGAAGCUGAAACACAUGGUGCAGGACAAGAUGCAUGCGCGUGCUCGUGGCCCACGAGCUGUCCUCACCCGCCAACCCACCGAGGGACGCUCGCGGGACGGCGGUCUACGACUCGGUGAAAUGGAAAGAGAUUGUCUUAUUGGAUACGGUGCUAGCAUGCUACUAAUGGAGCGUCUGAUGCUUGCGUCGGAUGCGUUUAGUGCAGACAUCUGCGGCGCAUGCGGUCGGCUCGCAAGCCGCGCGUGGUGUCACGCUUGUCGCUCGUCUGCCGCUGUCUCGACUGUCGACAUGCCUUAUGCUUGCAAGCUGCUAUUUCAAGAACUCGCCUCUAUGAAUAUCGUUCCGAAACUUACUCUAAAAAAAUAUUCAUAACCAUACUUUAAGAAUACUAAUAAAUAUAUGCUAUGUUAUUAUCUUUAGUGUUCA